AUGGCCAACAGGAAUUACGAUGUACUCAUCAAGCUGCUUCUCAUAGGCGACUCAGGCGUGGGUAAAUCCUGCUGCCUCCUGCGGUUCAGCGAAGACUCUUUCACGCCGUCAUUCAUCACCACAAUCGGCAUCGACUUCAAGAUCCGCACAAUCGAACUUGACGGCAAACGGGUCAAGCUGCAGAUAUGGGACACUGCCGGCCAGGAACGUUUCCGCACCAUCACGACCGCAUAUUAUCGCGGAGCCAUGGGUAUCCUGCUAGUCUACGACGUCACCGACGAGAGGUCCUUUAACAACAUUCGCACGUGGUUUGCAAAUGUCGAACAGCACGCUAGCGAGGGUGUCAACAAGAUCCUGAUUGGAAACAAAUGCGACUGGGAGGAGAAACGGGCCGUGUCAACAGAGCAAGGUCAAGCGUUGGCCGACGAACUCGGCAUCCCAUUCCUUGAAGUCUCGGCUAAGGGCAACAUCAACAUCGACAAGGCAUUCUACAGCUUAGCAUCCGACAUCAAGAAGCGCACCAUCGAUACGCAAAAAGACUUCCAAAACCCCGGUUCCGUCAACGUUAACGCCGGCGCACAAGGCAGUUCCGCAGGCAGCAUGGGCGGGAAGUGCUGCUAG